AUGAUUUCUGGCACUAACCUCGAAAAUGACUGUGAGCAGCACAAGAUCAUCAUUUACAGCGUCGCUGCUACGCGUGAAAGUAUUCGUAUUUUUUGCAGGCAAGCAGUGAAAUCCUGUUUUGCGCAGGCUGCAGAUGGAGUAGAUAGCAAGAGUCGUUGUGUUUUAGCGUUAUUGGAUUUAAAAAAACAAGCUUGGGAGGAUGAAGGCGGUCCGCUACGCCUAUGCUCUCUUUGCCGCACGUUUGCCAAAGGUGCGAUCAAAGCCUUGUUGUCAACACCAGCCAAUGAACAGAAAUGUGUACGUACCGAAGUUUACAAAGCGGUAGCCAAAGCAGCGGACUAUUGUUUACGCCAAAAGAAGAUUAAUUUUGCUAAAAUGCCUGAUUUCCCGGACUUCGAAGAAGGAUCGUUUGCGUACAGAAACGACGUGAUCAGCUCUGUCUCGGAUCAUAUUGUGAUCCAUAGUCGUCUCGCAUUUUGCAAUGAUCGUAGACCCGAAAGAGCCAAUGCUACGCGUGAAUGUUUGAAAAACCCAUUCGCUGGUUAUUUGGAGAAGCACUGCGGUGGUUGGUAA